AUGUGGUCCAUCUGCAUCAAGCAUAGCCCAUCCAGAGAUUGGCCAGCGAACUGGGGAGAAAGGACCAAUCCAGCUGUCACUCUCAGGAAUGUUAGAAUUGGAGAGCUUAGAGAUUAUCGACAAUUAGUCAGGAAGUCGCAGCUCAGGGCUCAUAUCGCUGUGUCGGACCCAAAGAACUCUGAGGCAAGCACGCAGAGCCGCGCUCUGAUGUAUGGGGGGAAUGCAUUACAGAAUGGGAUGGAUAAGAGAUUACGAAGGUGCCGGACCAGGAAAAGGCCUACAGAAACAAGUGAAUUGCCAACUACACAUGUCAUCGAUAGAAAGAGUGGCUCUCGCCACCUCUCUGACAUAGGAUGUGUCCAUGCCGCUCCAGACCAGAGUUGCUCCGAGCAAGGUUCCUGGAGCUCACGCCUGUGUUCUCCGCAGGUUGUUUUGCAGAAUCUCCUUAUAUGUGUCAUUCUCUUCUACACUGUGUACUACGCAGUUCUGGGUAUGUGUUGCAUGAUGCUCAAGGUGUAUGAAUUGGAUGUUCUGGCACCAUUUGAUUUCAAAACAUACCCCUCGUGGCUCAACACAAAUUAUAAAGUCCUUUUAAUCUCUACACAGCUCACCUACUUGGUGUGUGGAUUGCUCUUUGUUCUGGUUGUAGAAGAAUGGGUCUGGGAUUAUGCUAUUUCAGUAACUAUUCUUCAUGUUGUCAUCACUUCAACCGUUAUGUUGGAAUUCCCUUUGACAUCACAUUGGUGGGCUGCUUUAGGAUCCGGCUUAAUUUCAAUGAUAGGUGGAGGCCAGGCUUUCGCAUACUGUUUGUUCAAAGACAACUUUAUCUACCCAGAUCUGGAGGAGUUUUAA